AUGGCUCUUGAGCCGGGCUCUGGCCGGCGCUCCGUCUCCCCGGAGAGCUCAGGGCGGGACUCCCCCCUGCCGCGCCAAUGGAGAAACCAACUCGGUGCCGAGGAGGCUCCGUCAAAGGAUAAGCACUACCGCAAGUACGCAUCCGGCGUUGAGAGGGCCCUGACCCUCUUCGAGACAGCCCUACAGGAGUGGGCAGACUACAUUUCCUUCCUCAACCGCCUGCUUAAGGCAUUACAAGCUCGACAUCCCUCGACCACCACCAUCCCUGCGAAAUCGACCGUUGCGAAGCGACUCUCCCAAUGCCUCAACCCCUCCCUGCCAUCGGGCGUCCACCAAAAGGCCCUAGAAGUCUACAAUUACAUCUUCGCGACGAUAGGACAAGAUGGGCUGUCCAAAGAUCUGCCGCUCUACCUCCCUGGUCUGGCAUCGACGCUCUCCUUCGCCUCCCUGUCCGUCAGGACUCCCUUCCUUGACCUUCUGGAAACCCACUUCCUCAGUCUCGAUCCUCGAUCCCUGCGACCAGCCAUGAAGUCCGUCGUUCUAGCUCUCCUGCCAGGUCUGGAAGAUGAGACCAGCGAGGACUUUGAUCGGACACUACGGUUGAUGGAGAGCUUCAAGAAGUCGAUACGGCCGGCAGCGAGCGAGGAACUGGAGGGUCUACACUCGACUGGUGAUGAUUUCUUCUGGCAAUGCUUCUUUCUGGCCUCCAUCACAGGUUCUAGUCGCAGAGCGGGAGCUUUGGCAUACCUUGUGAGGAAUCUGCCCAAACUGGGCGACUCACUGGCUCAGGGGAAGCCUGUCAAGAAUGGAAUCUCGGAGGAGGAGCACUCUACCCAACUGGCACAAAUGGUUACCUCACCUGAACCGGGACUGCUUUUGCGCUCUUUCGCAGCUGGUCUUUCCGAUGAGCAGUUGCUGAUCCAGCGCGGGUUUCUGGACCUGCUGGUCACGCAUCUCCCAUUGCACUCGAAGGUGCUCCAGAACAGCGUCAAGCCGGGCGACUUGGAGCUUCUGUUGCGUGCGGCCGCCGGUGUCGUUAUACGAAGGGAUAUGAGUCUGAACCGAAGGUUGUGGGCAUGGUUUCUGGGUCCUGAACCAGCGCCAACGGAGAGUGAGAGCGGCAUGGAGUCACCCUCAUCGACUGAACCCCACAACGCCUAUUUUGCGUCCAAGACCAGCUACUUCGAGGACCAUGGUCUUCGCCCGUUGACACGGGCACUGCUGAGCAUGAUUCAUGUCGAUCGAGAAUCAAGCCCUGCAGAGAGGGCACGGCCUUACAGGAUAUGCCUAUCGUUGAUGGAUCGCUGGGAGAUUGGUGGACUCGUCGUUCCCGAACUUUUCCUCCCCAUCAUCAACAGUGUCCGACAAUAUCGGGGCCAGUCACCAAGCAAAGCCGACUUCAACGAAGUUUUCCGCAGUGCGAGCGUAUUCUUUGAUGGCGUCGAAAGUGGGCUCAUCUACGGCGAGAUCGUUAGCCUGCUUGCUCAGGCAAUCGGCCCAGGAAACGUGUCCGACAAGGAGCGCCUGGAUAAGCUUGACUUGGUGAACUUCAUCUUGGCUAAUUUCAAUGUACGUGAGGAAGAGAUGAUCACCAUCCACGCGCCGCUCACUGCUUUGUCCAUCUUCUCGAUGCUGGAGGACACGAGAGAGAGACAGAAGUCGUCCACCGUUUCGCCAACGAAAGGCUCUGGCAAAAUCGCCGAAGAGGCGCUUAGCAUCUCGCUCGCUCUGUUGGAUCUCGUGCCAGACCGAGCCUUUCCCGCAGCUGGCGAUAAGUCCAAGAGGACUGUAGAAGCCGGUGUCCUGGCGUCACUGUCGGCAGUCGAAGUCUUGAAGAGGAUCAAGUCGUUUUAUGUUGAUGAGCAGGGCAACCUCGAUGCCAAUAUUCCGUUCACGCCGAUCGAAGUCGGCGAGCUUCUUCUGCGCAAGUCAGGUCAGCUCGUCUGCGAUGGCUUGAAGAGCACCGACUCGGAUUCAGACUUGGGUGCGAAGGGAAGGAUUCUUACAGCUCUUCUGUUGAAGGUUCCAUCGGCGUACCAUCUAGACGCGAGCUUCCUCAUGAAAUGUCUCCAUGACCGUCUCAAACACUCCGACAGGCUGUCAUUUGUCUCUUUCAACUCCAUCCUUUACUUGUCUGCUCAUCUCUACUCCGCCGAGCGUAUCGAGCUGCCUGACCUUUCCGAACUUGUCACUCCGCUGGUCCAACAUGCUUGGGAGUUUCUGUCAGCCUCAGAACCCAAGUACCACGUCGAAACAGUCAGAUCUCUAUGGCAGCUUCAGACUGCUUUAACUGUUCAGAACCGAGACAUCGAAGCAGCCCUGGCAAGUCUCAUAAUUGAGAAUGAUGUUCAGGGCUCGUUUGCGUCCCGUCCUGCUGACGCGGGCCGUCGCUUUAGUGUGCUAUGGUCUCACUCACUACAAGAUUCUCACGCCGACAGACGCGGGUCAAAAACACCAAUGAUUGAGAAGCCGCCGCAGAUUCGCUUGGCUGGAUCGGAAUACUACGACGUAAUGUUGACUCGGCCUUUGUUUUUGAUGCUGGAUGCCCUUCUAGACGAGAGAACUCAACUGUUCAUGACUGUCAAAGGAUGGCUGAACAGUUUAGUUGGCACCGACAAGGCCAGCCAUGCCAUCGGCUCGCCUGCGGCGUCGGCAGCUUCCACAACCUUUACUGCUGACGACGACCUGGAUGUUUGUCUUUACUACCUGAGGACAUUGUCAAACGUUCUACGCUGGGCCCCGGACGUGAUUUGGGCUGUAUUGGCGUCGACCUCGCUCACAGUCGAUGCAGAGCACCCAGACAUCUCACAGAUGACUGGGCAUGAGGGCGAGAUUUCCAUGCAAGAGGUCUUCAUUCAUGUUUGCCUGCGAUGCAUCGCUGGAAACAACGAGCCGGAAGAGCAACUCAAGAUACGAUCUACUCAGCUCCACCGCUAUGCUCUGACUGUUAUGCACCAAAUCCUCCUCAACCCCUACGCCGAGCCCCUUGCCAGCCUUCACUUGGAGAACGUCCUCAUUGAACGCCUCCUCCAAUCACUGAGCGGAACAGAUCCAUACGUCCAGGUUCUUCUUCUGGAUGUCGUAUUUGAUUCGCUCAAGCUUCGGGACGUGAUGAUCGCUGAUGUCCCGGGUUCCCCAACAUCUGAGAAGAGGAAGCUGAGUCUGGAGCCCUCCAAGAGCAUCAGAGUGUCAACACAAUCAGAGACAAAGCCAACAGCACCACCACCUAACCUACUCAAGUGCCUUCAGGCUGGACUGAGUUCUCCUAGCAGCCGCAGCGUCCUCGACAGUUGGGUCAGUUUCCUAACGGAAUGCCUCCCUUUCUACUCCGACACGAUUUUCCAAGUUUUGAUUCCCCUCGUCGAAACACUUUGUCGGCAAAUUUCCAACACAUUCCAAGAUCUCCAGUCCAUCUUCAGGGAGAACGGUGGCUCAAAACAGGAUGAAUGGAACGCUCCCGAGUCGACUCUGAUCUCUCUGCUGAAUGCCAUUGAACAUGUUCUGGCACGAGCGCACGAGCGACUUCUGGUCGAGGAAGCCAGAACGCAGGUUGUCAAGGGGCCAGACCAGCAGCCAGGAUUCUUCGGCAACAUGGUCUCCGGUGUUUUCAACUCGGACACCCCCCAAACAAGGAGCGCUACUGCAAAUGAUAGACUUACGGUGCAUUUGGCUUUCCAGGAUGCCGUCCGUAUUUGCUUCACCAUCUGGUCGUGGGGUCAAGGGAACGACGCAAAUGCGCAGGACACAACUUCAUUUGCUUCCUUCAGCUACACAUCCCUCAGGAUGAGAAACCGAGCAAGACGGCUGCUUGAGCACCUCUUCGCAGCUGAGACCCUGGAAUGUCUUGAGACUGUCAUUGACAUCUGGAGAAGCUCCAUCAAUAUCACAACACCAGUGCCCCUGUCGGAAGUGUUCAACUUGUUGCCGGCUCUGGAUGGUUCUCGACCCAAACACACAAUCCCUGCCAUCUUUAAUGCAAUUUACAGCAGAACCAACCCUGGUGCCCUGGAUGCGUCUCGAAAGUCAACUUUGACAACAUCGUUACAAGACAUCGACCUCGUCACCUUCUUGGUCGAGUACGCCCGCACCCUGGAAGACGACGCAAUGGAUGAGAUUUGGCUCGACUGCAUGGCCUUCUUGCGUGACUUGUUGACGAACCCGUUCCCGCACCGACAGACGCUACCGAGCCUUCUAGAGUUCGCAGCAAUUCUCGGCGAAAAGGUGGACAACACCAACUUUGGCGAACAACGAAAGAUGAGACGUGAACUCGGGGACCUUUUCCUCCGGCUUCUUACCGCCAUUUUCACCACCAAGCCCUUGACCUUUGCUGACACAGCCCCGGCAUACGAGAAGUCCGACAAGAAUCGUGAUGGGAUUCGUCGGACCACCACGAUCUCGCUGGUCAGCGUCCUCGAUAGAGCCGAGGAUGUGGUGGCUAUCCUCGCCUCAAUCGUCCCGAACCUUCCCAAGAUCUUGGUCGAGACUGACCGUGUCUUGUCCGCGGCGAGCACCAUCUCGACGAACGUCAUUGGCCCAGCUUUCAGGGCAAAGGCAUUCCCCGAGACCGUCUCGAAGAACACCCUGGAUUUGCUUCAGGAACUGUCCAGGCUGCCAAGCAAUCAGAAGACGUGGAAAAAAGACGUUGGCGAUGCUUUCAACGAUGCCAGGUUCUUCAACUCAAGCAUCGACUUGGUGCGAAGCGACUGGUUGCCACUGCUGAGGCAGUGGACUGUCAGUGACAAGGAGCGCAUGCCCGAACUCCUGAGUCGCAUGAGUCCUCCCACGACUGCUGGUAUCGUUUUUGGUGUCGGAGCCACUUCUGCACGUCUCGAGGCAGACCGGAAAACGCAACUGAACCUGCGCCGAACUGCCACGUUGGUGCUCGCCGCCAACGAAGAUGCCUACGUUACGGAGCUUCCUCUCAUCGUAGACAAGCUUGUGGAGCUUCUUGGUGCCACGGCAACGUCCUCGCCAUCUUCUACAACACGUGCAGAGAUUUACAUGCUCAUUCGCGCUCUGGUCCUGAAGACGAGUGCGGUGCACCUGGCUAUGAUCUGGCCAGUCAUCAACGCCGAGCUCCACGCCGCGAUCGCGUCUGUGGUCGCUGCCGACCACAGCACAGCAUCCGACAUGUACAAUAACCUAUCGAUUUUGCAGGCAUGCAAGUUGCUUGACUUGCUCAUCUGCGUCGCGCCUGAUGACUUCCAACUCCACGAGUGGCUCUUCGUCACGGACACCAUCGAUGCGGUGUAUCGAUCAACAAACUACCAGCCUGUUGCCCUGGUGGAUGAACUUUCAGAGGAGCUCGGGACGAUGGGCAUUAGUCUGUCUCUGCAGAGCACACCGGCAGCCCACCUGGCCGCGAGCAGCUCACACAGGCGCCCUCUUCUUGGACCGGGCGGCAUCAACGACGAGGUCAGCAUCGACAGAAAAGACGAGCUGGUAGGCAAGAUUUUACGACCAUUCUUCGGCCAGCUGAGCAUCUUCGCGUUCGAGUCGACGUACGCGAUGGCGCCGCUGGACCGGGAAUUCUGCAUUCAGGGGCUACUGAAGGAUUUGUUUGACGAACGUAGCGUGGUAAAGGCGUUGUAA